AAAAGCUACGGUUCGUCGCCCAAAUUGUGGAUUUUGACUGCAUACAACCCGACCAUCAAUCAGAUUUGCACGGGACGCCUGCACGACCCGAGACGAUUGAUCACUCAACUGCAACAGAUACCUAGUAUAAAACAAUAGAUUGGACGAUUGGCAAAGAUGUUACUUAACGAAAAGACCGCCAUUUCCACCUCCAAGGUGCUGCUUGUACCAUAUUCCAAGUGGCAUGUCCCCAGAUAUCAUGAAUGGAUGAAGGAUGAGGAAAUCCAAGAAGCCACGGCUUCUGAACCCCUCUCCCUAGAGGAGGAGUACUCCAUGCAACAAAGCUGGCGCCAGGACCCGGACAAGCUGACCUUCAUCGUCUGCCAACCUACCUCAACAACAACAACGAGCACCUCCGAGUCCGGAGGAGGCGAGGUCCAACUCGACGACGACCCCAGCCGCAUGGUGGGGGACAUCAACCUCUUCCUCCGCGUCGACGACGGCGAAGAAGGGGAGUCCGACCCGCAACUCGUCGGGGAGAUCGAGCUCAUGAUCGCCGAGAAGCGCAACCAACGGCGGGGCUUCGGCAAGGCCGCGCUCCACACCUUCCUCCGGUACAUCGUGGACCACGAGGCCGAAAUCCUGGAGGAGUUUGUGGCGGGCGAUGCCGCCGCGUCGCAGGCCCUGACGGUUGCUGCCGGGCUGCAACAGCGGCCGUGGAGGUUCGCGUGCCUGAGCGUGAAGAUCGGGCAGGCCAAUGCGCGGAGUCUGGCGCUGUUUGAGGGCGCCGCCGGGUUCCAGAGGGUCACGCCGGAGCCGAACUAUUUUGGGGAGUUUGAGUUGCGGCGGUUGCGGGAGAGUUUGGAGCGCGCGGCGGUGGAUGAGAGUCUUGAUGAGGCUGGGGUUCGAGGGUAUGCUGAGUUGGCGUAUACGAGGGUCCAGUAAGGCUCUCUUCGGGCUGGCGUGAGCCUCAUUGUGUCGGCCAUCUACUUAGUAUACUAUCAUUGGGCUUGGGCUUGGGCUUGGGCAAGAGCGGGCUGCUGCUUUGACGUUGGUCUACGGUCAUACCCCAGGUCCGCGACGUUACAUCUACAAUCUGCACAGCUUCCUGCAGUGAGCCGGUGUUGCUAUGCCAGACCAAACGACUG